AUGCAUCGGUCUUCAGCUGAAUCUACAAAAUACGAUGUUCAUGCGGAACGGAUGGGUCUCGCAUGCCCCAUUCACGCUCAAUGGAACGAACAUAUCCGAAUGCAUCAGCUAUGUUUAUCUGGAUCGGUAAUUGAACAUGAUGAACGAUCUGACCCCCGAGCUGGGCUGGAGGAGGCGAGCGGCUUGGGGAGCGUACAAGAGCAUCGAGGAUGUAGUGAAGAAGACCAGGAAGACCGCCGACCCGAUGGUCAGAUUUCUUCACGAAGUCCUUCAAAGAAAAAUAUGAUGCUCUUCGUGUCUCAUGCGAAAGGAGGAACCACUGGGCUACUCUGGCACGCGAUCGGGACAAAUGGAAGAAUUACUGGCGCCAGCUCGACCAGUUCGAAGAUCAACGGUAGUCAAGGUGAUCAAGUCCGAUUGGCUAAGUCCAUCAAGCUCUCUACUUAUGAGCAAGCUCAGGUCGAUGCCCUUCACGCGGCCGGUAUUUCAAACAGGAGGGAUAAAAGUCGCCUGGUCUGGGUAGUUUCCAACAGUAGCGAGUUCGCGGACAGUCUUCGGAGUCGCCUUGAUCUGUCUGCAUCGAAAUGGGAAGUACUACGCGGCUUGAAUCGCGGUCCUCACAUCGUCAAUAAAGUUAUGAAACGUGCACCGCCAUAA